UGCGCCAUCUUGCGCGUACGGACAGCCAAUGAAGACACACACACUUCCGUAAACUUACCCAGCGUUGCUUCUGUUGUUGCACAGUUUCACAUUUUGGGAUAUUCAGCCAGCUUUCCAGUUUGGAUUUAGUUUGGUUUUGUUUCCUCCGUGAUGGGUCGCAGCAGAUCCCCUGAGAAAGCAGGCAGACCGAAGAAAGAGGAGAAGAAGAAGAAGCGGAGACGCUCUCCCUCUUCUUCUUCGUCUGAUUCCUCGUCGUCUUCCACCUCCAGCAGCAGAUCCUCAAAGAAAACAUCUCACAAAAACCAAGACGUGAAAACACCAAAAAAGAAGCACACAAGAAGCUCUUCUUCCUCUUCAACGUCGUCCAGUUCUUCAACGUCAUCUUCAUCGUCGUCGAGUGAUGAAAAGACAAAGAAGAAGAAAAGUAAAGCAAAGAGAAAGAAGUCAAAGAAGAAAAAGGCGAAGCUGAAGAAGCUGAAGAAAAAGGAGAAGAAGAAAAAGAAGAAGGAGGAGAAGCUGAAGAAGAAGGAGGAGAAAGAGAGGAAGAAGGAGGAGAAGAGAAAGGAGGAGGAGAAGAAGAAAGCGGUGGUGGUGUUGCCCAGUCCUCCAGCUGAGAAGCUUCCAGCUUUCCUGGAGGUUUGGCAGAGUGAUGAGGGGGCCUCGGAGCUGGGACCUGUGAUGACCGAUGAGCAGAAAGCCCGGCUCGCCACAAAGAGGCCGCUCACCAAAGAGGAGUACGACGCCCGGCAGAGCGUGAUCCGCAAAGUGGUCGAUCCAGAAACCGGACGCACCAGAUUGGUGAGAGGAGAAGGAGAGAUCAUAGAGGAGAUGGUCAGCCGAGAAAAACACAAAGAAAUCAACAAGCAAGCCACCAAGGGAGAUGGGAACGCCUUCCAGAGGAAACUGGGAAUCAACAGGUAGAAGACGCCCUGAUCUACCUCCAGGACUAAAGCCUCAAUAAGCUGAGUUGUAUAUCAGUUGCCUGUGCCAGUUUGCUGUACUGUAGUGUAGGUUUAAAUGUGCCGGCACGUAAUGAACACUAACGAGUGAUCAUUUCCUACAUGACGAUCUCAAGGGAAACCCAGCAUCUGGUAUUGAUUUGCCUUUUUUUAAAUCGGUGUUGGUUGUUUUACUUUAUUUUAAAUCUACUGAAAUCUGCAAAAGAAACUGUCCAAAGUAGUUUGAUAAUUCGCUGAUGAUUGCUUAUUUAUUUCUCUCCUUGUUUAAUUAGAAAUCAACUAAUUGGUGUUAGGAUUUAAAAGAAAUAUACAUUAAGAGCUGUUUGAAAUGUUAAGCAUCCUUCCUGACUCUUGCAUACAUGUUGUACACACACUCAUCUUUACAUAUUUUGGUUCUCUGAAGAAAUCUGUAUUCGUGUGAACAUUUCCAUCAAAAUAAAAGCUAUUUUCUUAUAUAAA